AUGUUUUAUUUGUUAUCGCCCCAAGCAUAUAAAUUUGUCCGACAAUCUGGUAAUUUAAUUUUGCCUCAUCCAAGUACUAUACAUAAAAUAAGUUCUAAAUUAAAUGUAAAUCCCCAAAAGGAAACAGAUGAUAUGUUGUUUUUGGCAUAUGCUAAGCAAAAAGCUUGCUAUCUGAAAGAGCAUGAAUUAUAUGUUUCAUUAAUGAUGGAUGAAAUUCACAUCAGACCUUUUCUUGACUACAAAAGUGGAGAUAUUGUUGGAAUUGGCCAGGAAGUUGAUAACUUAGCUUCUAGUGCACAUGUAUUUAUGAUACAGAGUAUUUUGUGCUGCUUUAAAGAUGUUGUCCAUAUAUUACCAUCGAAGAAAAUGACAGCUGAAGUUUUGUUCACUGUUUUGAAAAAAAUAAUUGUUGGUCUUGAAGCAAUAGGUUUCAAAGUAAUUGUUGUUGUUAGUAGUGACAAUAAUUCCAUUAAUAGAAGAUGUAUAUCUCUGUUUAAUAAUCCAUUAUCAAAUUUUGUAUUUCCUCAUCCUGUUGAUGCAACUCGUCCAUUGUUUUAUGCAGUUGAUUCUGUUCAUAUUAUUAAAAGUGUUCGUAACAACUGGUUAAACCAAAUAAUGUAUGUACCUCUUCAUUUCUUACUUUAA